AUGUUUUCUAGAGCUGUUUUCAGAGCCCCCCGGGUGUUUGCCCCUCGGGUCACCCUUGCGUCUCGUUGGAUUUCCACCGAGAUCAAAAGCGCCAUCGACGAGGCCGUUCUGUCGUCGCCCGUGGUCCUUUUCAUGAAGGGCACGCCCGAGUUCCCCCAGUGUGGCUUCUCCAGGGCAACCAUCCAAACCCUCGGCCAACAAGGCGUUGACCCCGAGAAGUUUGCUGCCUACAAUGUGCUUGAAGAUGACGACUUGAGACAGGGCAUCAAGGAAUACUCCGAAUGGCCCACUAUCCCCCAACUUUACGUUAACGGCGAGUUCGUCGGUGGAUGCGAUAUCGUUAUGCAAAUGGCCAAGUCUGGCGAACUUGCUGAGUUGUUGGAAGGCAGCAAUGCCUUGAUCCCUGAAGAAGAUGAGGGCCCUACUGAAGCUCAAGUCACCCCUAAGAAGAGAUAG